AUGUGCCACAACUGCAGGGUGGGUGUACUCCGCCCCCCGUGGCCCGCAGGCGACGCCUUUGCCCUCUCUGUGGACCUGCGUGGCGCAUGCGCGGUCAGGCCCCGGGACUUCCCCUCUGACGCCGGCGGGAGCCAGGAUUCCUUGGGCUCCAGUGCGGCUCUGUCCAGGACAUCGCCGUCCGCGGCCGCCGUGAAAGCUCGGUUUUCUAAGGAGCCGCGGGACAGAAAGGCAGGAGGGAAGCACUACCACCCAACCUGUGUCGGGUGUGUGCGCUGUCACCAGAUGUUCACCGAAGGGGAGGAGAUGUACCUCACAGGUUCUAAGGUUUGGCACCCCAUCUGCAAACAUGCAGCCCGGGUAGAGAAGAAGUUGAAGCACAGGUGGAUGUCAGAAACUUCCAUCUCACCGCCUGGGUCCAGCAUUGGGUCACCCAACCGAGUCAUCUGUGCUAAAGUGGAUAAUGAGAUCCUUAAUUACAAAGACCUGGCCUCUCUCCCCAAAGUAAAGUCCAUCUAUGAGGUACAACACCCCUACCUCAUUUCCUACGAGCCCCAUUCCAGAUACACUUCCGACAAGAUGCUGGAGAGGUGUGGCUAUGGAGAGUCGCUCGGAACAUUAUCUCCCUACUCCCAGGACAUCUAUGAGAACCUGGACCUCCAGCAGAGACGGGCCUCCAGCCCUGGAUACAUCGACUCCCUGACCUACAGCCUUCAGGGCAUGUCUCCCACACUCUCCUGCUCGCCCCACCACUACUACCACUCUGCUGGAGAAAGUAAUAUCUACCAGACGCCCCCAAUCUACAAAUGGCAUGGCGAUCUGUCAACAGCAACCAAGAGCAAAACAAGUGAAGACAGCCAGGCCUCCAAGUACAGUCCAGCCUACUCACCAGACCCCUACUAUGCUGCAGAGUCUGAGUACUGGACCUACCAUGGGUCCCCCAAAGUGCCCCGAGCCAGGAGGUUCUCAUCUGGAGGAGAGGAAGAUGAUUUUGACCGUAGCAUGCACAAGCUCCAGAGUGGGAUCGGCCGGCUGAUUCUGAAGGAGGAGAUGAAAGUCCGGUCUAGCUCAUACGCAGAUCCCUGGACCCCACCCCGGAGCUCCACCAGCAGCCGGGAGGCCCUACACACUGGCUAUGAGAUGUCCCUCAAUGGCUCCCCUUGGUCCCACUACCUGGCUGACAGCGAUCCACUCAUCUCCAAAUCUGUCUCCCUGCCUGCCUACAGAAGAAAUGGGCUGCACAGGCGCCACCUGUCCCAGGAGGAGUUCUACCAAGUCUUCGGCAUGACCAUCUCCGAGUUUGACCGACUGGCCCUCUGGAAGAGGAAUGAACUGAAGAAGCAAGCCUGGCUGUUCUAGGCAGAGGCUUUAUAAAUAUAUAUCCAUUUAUAUAAAGAUAUAUGUAAAUCUCUAUAUGAAGCUUGGUAUAAUCCUCUCUGUGUAAUGGGACACACUGCCCACCAUGAGACUUGCUGUUCUGCACUGUCAGGCCAGCCCACAUCAUAAAGAUGUUUUUAUGCUCCUUUCUUUCUCUCUUCUAAGUGCUGUGGGGUUUGGGAAGGGAUUUGAGGGGACUCCUAUCCUUUUGCUGGGGAUCCUUUUUAUACUGAAACAUCUGUCCUAACUUGAGUCCCCCAGGGUCCAACUCUCUUUGCUAAAGGAGGUGCCUGAAGAUGUUUCUCUCCUCUCUGCUUCCUGGAAUUUCCCCUCAGUCUCUGGGGCAGAUGCUGACCAUGCAGUUUCACAUCUUACUGGACCCAGAGGGGCCCCCAUGGGAGGAUCACAAUGAGCACUGAACACCUUUGAGAGCCCAUGAAGAAUUUUCUCAUCAUCCCCAGUUAGGAGUUCAGUGCUUCUGAUUGGUGACACCAUCAGCAGUGUGGACCUUGGGUCUGUUCCUGAUAGCAGCAAACAGAAGUGGACAGAGACUUGGCCUCUCAGCUCUCAGGCCUUGUCCUUCUGCCCUUGAUCCUAACCUCUCCUUUAACCAAGCCUCAUGGUGGGAAAAGAAAAGGCACUUCCCUUCCUCCACCACACCUCCAGAUGGCCUCUUUGCCUGGCCCCACCUGGAGGACCAGGGAAGGAGUGGGAGCUGGGAGCAGGAGACAGAGCAGCGCACCUGUCAGAGUCAGAGCUGCAGGAUGUCUUGGGACCCUCCCUUUCCCUCACUGCUCCCAGCACCUCCUGACCCUUCCCCCUUCGAAGGAGAGGCCCAUUAUUUCAGCCUGUACUCUUCAGCCUUACUACAAUCUAUGUGCCUGACUACUUAACACGCCACAGGGCUAACACUCCUACCACAGUUCCAACUGAACUAAAUAGACAAACUCUAACACCCCUCUAAACAUAGGCCACAUCCCAAAGAAAGGUUCUUGGUCUAUGCCUGCUGGUCCCUGGGCUGGCUGGGAUAAACAACCAGAUCCCCCACCAAUCCUCAAUUCCCACUGCAAAGUUGGCCACAUUUCAUGGGGGAAACUUUUGGGAGAAUGCUUAUGAAAUUCCAAAAUACAGCAUUGACCAGCACACUCAUGAUCAUCCUAGAUUUCCCUAAAGGCUACCUUUCCUGCCUCCUUGCCUUCUGGAACAGGGGUAAAAGCUUAACCUCUCCACCCAUCCCUCAUCCCUCAACUAUGAGUUGGUGAUGUUUGGUGGGGUCUGUUCCUUCUUGGAGGUGCCUUACAUCAGCCCAUUUUGAAGUCAUAGAGGAAGGAUGAAGUGGAGAUGAUCAUAAUGACUCUCAAAAGGCUGGUGAUGUGCAAAGCAGAUGUAGAACUGACUUCAAUUCAACAAACCUUCACUAAAUACCUGCUGUUGCUGAGCACCUUCUGUAUAGUAAGCACUGAAUGGGGGAGGCUGAUGGGAAUACUGGGUGAUCAACAUGGGGCCUGGUCUGGGGGGCAGGCCUACUAACAAUGGGUACAGUAAGGCAUGUAUUCAAACAUGGUGGAGGUAAAGCAGAAAAUGAUAGGAGACAGCAUGAGAAAGUAUGACUAUUGAAAGGCAUAAAUGCAGUUGGUACAGACUAAGGAAAGUUCUGAAAGAGACUGCACUUCAGCAAAGUUCAGGAAGGAUCUUUGUAAACUGGGAGGAGACCGUAACUUGAAAGGGUGAGAGGAUGAGAGGCUAGAAGGGAGGUCUAAUAUAUUCUUAUUUAAAAUGCCAACCGCUCUGCAACUUCUCUCUUUGGCCAAUGUCUUUCAACUGUCCUGACCCUUUUGAAAUGUCCCUGGCCAGAUAUUGAAACUGCCCCAUUAUCACUGGUUGAGAACUUGGCAAGAUUGAAGGGUUUUGUUAUUGUUGUUGGAUAUUUUUGUUUCCCAUAAAAGCACAUAAUUUCAACCCA